UGGUCCAGCCAGCCCGGGCUCCGCCCCCAGAGCUCUGAGCCCCGGGCCGAGCUGCUGCCAGCCAGCUUUCGAAGCACCACCGCAGCAGCGCCGAGGACUUUUCUUCUCUGCAGCAGGGAGACCCCGCCCCCAAAGCCAAGAUGUCCAGCAAGAGAGCCAAGGCCAAGACCACCAAGAAGAGGCCCCAGAGGGCCACGUCCAACGUCUUCGCCAUGUUUGACCAGUCCCAGAUCCAGGAGUUCAAGGAGGCCUUCAACAUGAUCGAUCAGAACCGCGACGGCUUCAUUGACAAGGAGGACCUGCACGACAUGCUGGCCUCUCUGGGGAAGAACCCGACAGAUGAGUACCUGGAGGGCAUGAUGAACGAGGCGCCAGGGCCCAUCAACUUCACCAUGUUCCUCACUAUGUUUGGGGAGAAGCUGAACGGCACCGACCCUGAGGAUGUGAUCCGCAACGCCUUUGCCUGCUUUGAUGAGGAGGCCUCAGGGUUCAUCCACGAGGACCACCUGCGGGAGCUGCUCACCACCAUGGGCGACCGGUUCACGGACGAGGAGGUGGACGAGAUGUACCGCGAGGCGCCCAUUGAUAAGAAGGGCAACUUCAACUACGUGGAGUUCACCCGCAUCCUCAAGCAUGGCGCCAAGGACAAGGAUGACUAGGCCAUUCUUAGCUACCCCAGUGCCUAGACCCCCGACCCAGUCACCUCCCCAACACAUACACUCUACCCUCCCCAUGAGGAGUUUGGGUCCCGGCUCCCCGGGCCAGAACUGACCCACAGGGCGAGGCAGGUGUGCCACAGAGAGCCCAGGCACUAGGAGGGAUCUCUGACCCUAGAAGGAAGAACCACAGUGGGGAGGUGAGCCAAGGGUGGGGUCAGAAAGCCCCCAGGUGAAGUCACUGAAGUUGGCCGCUCAGCCACGCCCUCCCAUUCCCGGGCUGGCCUGAGGAGGAAAGGCACCCACGUUCUGGUGUUGGACACUAAUCCCCAGUAUCCUCACAAAGGUACACACCCAUUCACCAUGUCCCUUCAGAGGAUGACAAUCUGCACUUAGGCCUGUGGAGUUGUCCCAGCACACCCAAAAGGCAUAGAGGGAGGCUGCCUGAGGGACAUAGUCUAAUACAAGGCUGAGCACCGUC